AAAGCUUAAUUCCAAAUUUUAAAGAAAUUUUGAAGAUAUGAAAUUUAGAUAUAAGCGAGCAAAGUUGGCUUCAUUUCUGAUCAGCGCCCAACUUCUCCCUAAAAACGAGGAGAAUUUAUAAUUUAAACAUUGCAGUUCAAGCCUCGUAUCUCCAAGACGAAUCCAUAAGAAAAAAAUAAUUUUUGAUAUGUUGGUUUACAUAACAUAAGGAACCGCUAUGUAAAAAUUUAAGCUUACCAAAUUUAACCAGACCUUAUUUUGGGAAAACUUGCCAUUUUUUUGCUCUGCCGGCGCAGUUAUUUCUGUGUUUAUUUUGGCAUGAAGUCACGUGAUCAGUUCUUGCAAGUGAGUACGAUACUCUUUUGUAUUGAUAGUUUUCCUCCUAAAUAAUAAACUCUACCUGGGCGUUUUGGUAGCACUUGCCAAUCGGUUCCACCCUACCCUGUCAAACUGUCAAACUUUGGAAUAGUCUUCCUUCACUUAUGAAAUCUUGCACUACGCUUUCGUCUUUCAGGUAUCAGCUGACAACUCACUAUUUAGAGAAACUUGCCUUUUACCAACCUCCAUAAUUUCAUAGAUCUUGAAUUUAUGUAAUUCAAUUUUUAUUUUCGUUUUAGAAUUCUUAUUGUUUGUAAUUUGUUGGGAAAGAAUUUCAAUUGGGGCUUACGCCCUGUUUUCUUCUCCCGUCACAUUGUUUCUUAUUUUUUUUAUUUUGUUUAUUUCCUAUUGUAAACCGUAGUAUUAUUUUUUUGUGUGUGUGACAAAGCCAAUAAACCCUCCAAUAAAACUAUUAGAAAGGGAGUGCGUAGCGUAACGCUGAUUUUAUGUGACAUGUCACAUAACAGGGUUAUGUCACGAAAGCUAUCGUGCGUGACUAUUCGAGUGUAUCUUUUUAAAAGCUUGGUAAGACAAAAUCAAAAUCAAUUUUUUUAGUACAGGAAAUAAAGCUCUAGGGUAAUGUAAAAAAAACAAAAAAACAAAAAUACAUAUAGAUAUUGAGAGUAUUGAUUAGUUUUUGUACUAUUAUAAUUUUAAUUUGGUUUAGGGCAUGGGUUGAUCUAUUGUAUGAAUGCCUUUUUUUCAGUUUUGAGCUAAAAAGAUUAUUAUUAGAUCCAAUAAUAACAACAACAAGCUUAUGUAUAAACCAGAAAGUUUUUUUGCCAGAAAGGGCUUAUUCUCAUUUUUCUUUCUUCUUUAUUGUCUACGUGACGGGCGCAGUCAUUUCUGUGUUUAUUUUGGCAUGACUUUGCACCACACAAGAAGUCACGUGGUCAGUUCGUGCAAGUGAGUACGAUACUCUUUUGUAUUGAUAGUUUUCCUCCUAAAUAAAAAAGUCUACCUGGGCGUUUUAGUAGCACUUGCCAGUCGUUCCCACCCUACCCUCCCAUGAUUUUCAUUGCCAUGAGCUCGUGACUUGCAAAAUAAAUUCCAAUAAAACUAUUAGAAAGCGAGUGCGUAGCGUAACGCUGAUUUUAUGUGACAUGUGCCAUAACAAGGUUAUGUCACGAAAGCUAGCGUACCUGACUAUUCGAGUGUAUUUUUUUAAAAGCUUGGUUCUACGUGUACUCACGCAAUAAUGAUGUAAAAAGCAAACGUUCCGUGGUAAACUUUUUAAAGAACCUUUUUUGUACGUUUUCCCUUUUUUCACCAAAUUCUAAGAACAUGUCAAGGGUUAGAUGGCAGCAAAAGAGCACAUUUUACUAUAUAUUUUACUAUAUAUUGUUAAAAACAGAGUUUUAGCAUAGGAUUCAAUAUUUAUUUGAGGGGGAGGACCUUACAGAGACAUUGAGAAAGGUCUUUCGAUUGCAAUUAUUAUUCGUAUUUAUCUAGAGGUUAAUGAUUCUUCGCAGACAGCACAAGGUCAUUGUCACUAGCUCUAUAACGGAAUGCGUAGGGGAAAUCUGUGCUGAUGAAAAAUAAUUAUAGUAAAAAAUCAAACAGCAGAGCUUGAUAUAUCGUUUUUGAGUCUUUCUUUAUUAUACUUUUUCCGGAUGUAAUGCUCAUAUAGCAAUUUUGAAACCCUCCAAGAGUUGUUACUUCUUGCACCGAGCCUUGUGCAUAGUUAAGCCAUCGAGCCUUGCGCACCGUUAGUAUCUAUGCGCACCGUGGAACCAUAAAGCUUUGCGCACCGUUAGCAUCUACGCAGCACACCGUGGAACCAUUGAGCCUUGCGCGUCGUUAACAUCCACGCGCACCGUGAAACCAUCGAGCCUUGCGCACUGUUAGCAUCUAUGCGCACCGUGGAACCAUCGAGCCCUGCGCACCGUUAGCAUCUAUGCGCACCGUGGAACCAUCGAGCCUUGCGCACCGUUAGCAUCCAUGCGCACCUUGGAACCAUCGAGCCUUGCGCACCGUUAGCAUCUAUGCGCCCCAUGGAACCAUCGACUCUUGCGCAGUGUUAAUAUCUAUGCGCACCGUGAAACCAUCGAACCUUGAGCACCGUUAGCAUCUACGCGCACCGUGGAACAAUCAAUCAUUGCGCACCGUGAGUAUCUAUGCGCACCGUGGGACCAUCGAGCCUUGCGUACCGUUAGCAUCUAUGCGCACCGUGGAACCAUAAAGCCUUGCGCACCGUUAGCAUUCAUGCACACCGUGUAACCAUCGAGGCUUGCGCACCGUGAGUAUCUACGUGAAUCGUGAAACCAUCGAGCCUUGCGCACCGUUACCAUCUAUGCGCACCAUGGAACCAUCGAGCCUUGCGCACCGUGAGUAUCUAUGCGCACCGUGGAACCAUCGAGCCUUGCGCACCGUUACCAUCUAUGCGCACCGUGGUACCAUCGAGCCUUGCGCACCGUUAGCAUCUAUGUGCACCGUGUAACCAUCAAGCCUUGCGCACCGUUACCAUCUAUGCGCACCGUGGUACCAUCGAGCCUUGCGCACCGUUAGCAUCUAUGUGCACCGUGUAACCAUCGAGCCUUGCCCACCGUGAGUAUAUGAGUCUAUGCGUAUCGUGAGCAUAUUUGUGCAUCGUGAGAUCAUCAAGCCUUGGGCAGUUGUGUUCAAACGUUCCCGUCCUUCAUAGAGUGUGAAACUUGUAAUCUCCACGUAGUGUGGUUUGUAGAAAUAAUGUCUGAUUUGUAUCGGCAGAGUUCAUUUCAGUGUCUUUUACAUCUGGCUCUUUGGUAAUUAUUCUGCCGUCGCCAUCCGAGACGUUUUUAUUGUUUUGCUCGCGCUUUUUUGCGCAUUGCAAGGAAUUGACUCCUUGAGCGAGUGCCGUGGUCAGUUUUGAGCUUUGCGUAUAGAUGGGCCUCUAUGCACCGUGAUGUUUAGCCUUUGCGCCCCGUAAUAAAAUGUUUCAUUACUGGUCUUCACCACCCGUGCGCAAGAAAAUUGAACACCGAAUAAAGGUGACUUGUGCUGGGUCUUUCCGAGGGCAAUGGUACCACUAUGCCAAAUAUCAAAUUUAAAUACGUAAUGUACUAGUAAAGUUAUUUGGCAAACGCUCUGAGAUAAUAACACUUUAUAAUGAUUAACCUAUAAAUUUCAAUUGCUACAUUAUUCAAGUAUAGAAAAAAAUAAUUCUAGAAAAAUAAAACUUCAUAAUCACAAGCCCUAUAAGAAAAAAAGGGAUAAAAUACUGUAUAGAAAUAAAAAGAAAAUAAUGGGGUCCAACAGGCGAGAUAAAAAUUACCAUACGCAUACUAUCAUAUUUAAACGAUGUGUGGUACCAUAUUAACGUAGUUACGUAAUCUGACAACAUACAAAAAUACACCAAUCCGUUCUUUUUUUUAUUCAACAUAAGAUAACGGAAUUGGCUCAGAACCGAACGAACCGUACGAAAAACGCUUUCCAACUGCAAGAUGUUAUGCUGGAAAGCAUUAAAUUCUUUUGAGAAUCGUGAUUCAUUGAGUCUUUGUGCUUGAAUGAUGAUCGCCACGUGAAUGAUCCAAUUUUUGUGCGACAUUGUUUUUUGACUCCACCUCUUCUUUUGUAUUCGAUGAUUUCUUUACCGUAUGUAAUACCGCCCAUGGAGGAACUGAAAUAUGAUUUAGAUAAUUCUAAAGUCUAACGCAAAAGUUAUUUAACAGCUAUGCAAGAAAGAAACGCAAAACACAAUCAAUCUAAUUUAAUUCAUUCAUUCCAAAUCGCUGCGGAUUAUAAGUUAUAUAAGUUGUAUACUAAUAUAAGCUAGUAUUAAUAACAUGCUCACGUGAAAAAUAUUUUCGGACACACCGAUGUGCAUCAAUAGUUACAAUGUUACGUAAGAAACAGUGUAAAACUUAGUGCACACAAACAAACUUUUCACUUUUCUAUUCUCCCCGUCGCAUUUGACUAGUACUUGGUCUUACCUCCUGAUGAUAAACCCUGUACUAGAAAACACGUGAGGCUGCUUAACCUUUCAAAGAGCUCUAUGAAAUAUUCUAUUCCUUAUUUACCGCAAUUUAUUAUACAUUUAUUUGCAUGUUUAUGAACUUUUGUUGUUUUCAUUAUAUUUUAACUCACUUCUUUCUCCCCCAGCGUGUACACCUUACCCCUUAUCAGCCUUUUUGUUUUCCGGUUUAUACCUCCCUACCCACCACCUCCUCCUUAAUCUUCCCAUUCACCCUAUACGCCAUGGUAAGAACAAUUGCAUCACUAUCCCGAACACUCCUUAUAGUCCAUCUCCACUCAACAUAGCAUUAUCCCCACAAUGACCCUCCCGCCCUCACCCCUGCCACCUACCUCUACCCGUACCACAACCAUUAUUUCCCUUUUAUGUCCCCCUUCUCCCCAGGUGCCAUGGUACGAAUACCCGCUUUUAACCAAAACCUUUAACGCAAUGGAGGGCACAUGUGCAAUCACACGAGGUGUUUUGACCGUAGUUCUCAUUCUAGCCUUCCUUGUGAUGCUAGCUAUUAACGUGUUCUUUCCGCCGAGUAUGAGGCCAGCUUUUCUUGACCCUCUGUUCGGGAACAACCUCACUACUAGCGAAAUGUCUGACAUUUACGAGUCAGACAUUGACCCGGCUAGCUGGGCCUUCUCUAUCUGGGGUGUCAUCUAUACGUGGCAAGUUCUAAUGAUCAUUUACGUCACAAGUUUGAUCUGCAGAAAGCAUGUGCCUAAUGUUCUCAACUGCUCCUUUCUUGGACUAUACAUCUUGAGCUGUUUUUUCAACGGGACUUGGAUCAUAAUAUGGCAGCGGAAGUAUUUAUCGGCUGCUCCAGGCGUCCUCUUCGCGAUCUGCUUCGCACUCUACGCAACUCUCUUUAUGUCCUUCUACCGCCUCAAUAAGUUCGCCAAGAGCAAUUUCCGCAAGUUUGACUUCUGGUGCAUCCAAGUUUUGGUCCACAACGGUAUCGCCUUCUACGCUACCUGGUGUACGGUAGCUUCACUGCUCAACAUGACUACAGCUAUAACUUACGUCCAUGGCGUCGCCAAAACCACUGCCGGUACCAUCGCUCUCUCUAUCCUCGCUGCAGAGAUCAUCGUCUGGUUCUUUGUGGAAAACUUCAUACUGGAGCGUUUCCUGCGCUACACAAUCAGUCAGUACCCGGUUCUCAUCUUGGCCCUGACCGCCAUUCUGUAUAGUCACUGGAAACCAGGCAAUGCGAACGCAAUCUUGACGCUCGUUCUCCUGUGUGUGGUAUGUGUGCUCUACGUGCUCAGACUGGUCAGAGUUGCCCUAAAGAUCAAGGGUGAAUGGCACAGUCGAUCAGAGGAUUUAAAGGCUUAAACAAUGGACUAAGCAUUUUAGAAUUUGAUUUUUUUUUUUUACAUUAACGGGGAUGUAACCCGAAGGAAGUACACUAUUUUUUAUAAGAACGUCUGAUUUUCAGUUUGAGGUUAUAGGCCGUCUAUCCGUCUGCCGCUAUCUGAGCCUCGGCAUGUUCUUAAAAUUUGUAGAAAUCUCAGGCUGGACGUUUUUAUAGAAAAGGUCAUAAAAUAGAGUGUAUAGGAAUAGGUCUUUAGGUCCAUUUCAACCUAAGCUAUAAUUUGCUGUAAAUCUCUAAAAAUGCCAAAAAAAUUGUGGCUUUGAUAAAUGUUAUAUACCCUGUUGAAAGGUGUAGCAUAUAACCCCAUUAUUUUUUUUAAGUUCUCAUUAAGUUCAGCCAUUGCUCGAAUGAUCGCAAAGACAUGAUACCCCUGAUGAAGUAUGUUGUAGUUAGAAUCAUUUUACAGCUAAAUUCGUUGCUGCGCGACCCGGCGCAUCCAAUAUCUUUGUCUCGUUUGGCGCAGCGCAUAGUCAAUCAAACUUUGGGGGCGGGACUAUGUAAAUCAUUCGUGGAACGGUAAACUCACAGUAUGGUCGCGAUCGCCAACUACACCGCGGUGAUCCUAGUUCCUAAUUAAUUCCUCAGUUCCUAGUCAGUUCCUAGUCCGUUCCUAAUCAGGGUCAGGGGGGUACUUAUACUAGGAAUGAUAAAAUGGUAAAAAUACCUAAUUUACCGAGUAAAAUCAGCUACCAUCGAUGGAAAAGCAUUAUAAACAUGAUUAAUAAAACUAAUUAAAGCAUUUUUUUUGUAAUUUUUUGUGGAUUCUAGACUAAUGUCUAGUAGAGUCUAGACAUUGACUAGACUUGUCUGGUUUCUAGUUUAGACGAUUGCAGUUUUUUAUGUAAUACCACGGGCAAACCAGACGAAAUGUUCGUGUAUCGAAUAUUUUCUUUAAUUUGUGUACCAAUUAUAUCUGUUAUAAAGCCAAUAUAUUGUAGUUGUUGUCAUAGAUUGAUCUGGUUCCGUUUUAGCCGUGAUUCAUAACAGUUUAGGCGAUUUUGCACUCUCAUCUCGGUUCACCUCCUCCCCACUCGUAAUAAAUACAACAGGGUAGGGAGCUCCACGCCCUGGCAAUCACAACUUCUACUCUCCGAGGCAACUUUUUCGGCAGAAAACGGACAGCUUUUCCCUUCAAAAUCCUAUAUGCCAUAGAAGAAAAGUUUCUAAACACAUCUUUCGAAAAAAAAAAAAACAAUCCAAAAGACCAGAAUUCCCCUGCAAUUUUUCGCUGCUAAGUCGAAAUUUAUCGUUCCUCCAGGGUUCUGACAAACGGCCGGUCCAAAGAGCGCGGUCGGGGCCUUGACAUAAUAGAAAAUACAAUGCCGGUCUUCAACAGAAUGCAAUGCCAUGGCAACCGCUGAGAGCUUCAUUUUUUGUUAUUAAAAAACUACCCCACCCCCCUUACCAUUAGGAACUGAGUAGGAACUGACUAAGAACCAAAAAGUUUUAGGAACCAGGAUCACCGCGGUCAAGGCUCCCCUAUAUCUACUGUAACCAAGUUCUUUCUCUGCCUAAAUUUUACGGUGCUUCUAUGGAAAAUUGGUAUUCUUAAUUUACUUGUUUUAUUUUGACGCAAAAAGGGUUUUUAUUUAUAGUACAACAUGCUAUACCAAGCUGUGCGCGCUCUAAAAUACGAGGAUUUUCAUCGCAGCGCAAGAAUAAUUAAUGCAGAUGCAUGAGAUUAUGGGCAGCGCAAAAUUUAAAAUUUUGCACCAAAAUC